AUGCCCAAGACGACCUCCCAAUCGCAACCCAAUUCACCACAAUCAGCCCUGGAGGCAUACGACGCCUCUGCAGGCGUCCUCGUGCCAGGCUUUGGCCUCGGUUCGGCGGUGCUGAAUCCCUUUGAGCAUCCGCCCCUCGACUUCGUCCACGAUCCUUACCACCUAGUAGGGGGCGACAACGACGACGACGACGAGGACCAGGUCUCCUCCCUCUCCUUCGGCUUCUCCUCCGACUUUACGCCAGACUUUACCCUCGGUCCCGACGCCGACGCCGCCUCCAACUCGGAAUCGGCAUCUUCGUAUCUCGGGAAUCAUCACCAACAUCACCAGUCAAACUAUCUCAACCAGCAUCAUCAUCAUCAUCAUCAACAGCACUACCAACACAGCGCCGCAGACACCAUGAACUUGCCCAGCUCCCACAUCCCGCCCCGCCGCAGCGCGAGCAUCCACUCUCUCACCCCGUCGCGCGACCUGCUCGUCAAACCCAAAUCCCCAGAGAAAUCAGCCGCUGCCGCCGCCGCGACCGCCACCAAAUCAAAACGAGUGCGGACGGGUUGUCUAACGUACGUGCAGGUCAAGAAACCGCCGUACAUGCCCCCCACUGUGGAGUGGUCAGUCCAAUUCCAAGAUGAAUCGAGGCUCAUCGCCUCCGAGUAUGUCGGAGGCCUCGGCCGCCUCCACGAGCACUUCGCCUCGUACCGCGACACCGGCGCCGGCGGCAUCCCCAACAGCCGCGCCCACGGCCACCACCGCGACAGCGACGCCUCGAGCGCGGCCUCCAUCGUCCCGCAACCUACCGCCCCGCCACCAAGCUACCGUAGCAGCGCCGCCGCCGCCGGGAACCCCUUGGCCGUAGACGGCAUGAUGACCCCCCCACCAAGCGAAAAGGCCACCGCCGGCGAGAGGGAGUACCUCAACUCCCCCGAGGAGAUUCUCUACAUGCAAGUCUUUGUCGAAGAAGUCGGCGUCUGGAUGGACUCGCUCGACAAGGAGAAACACUUCUCCCGCCUGAUCCCCUACCACGCCCUCAAAUCCCCCAUGCUCCUCAACGCCUUCCUCGCCUGCGGCGUAAAGCACCUGACGCUCGUCAACCCGGCCUACGAGGACGACAAAGCCCUCUUCUACUACGACACCGCCACCACGCAGCUCCUCCGCAGCCUGCAGAACCCGGACCGCAACACGGGCGAGUGCGCCACCACGGCCGUCGUCCUCAACGUCUACGAAAUCAUGUCCGAGAAGCCCGCCCAGCGCAUGAACCACAUCGCCGGCGCCCGCGCCCUCAUCCGCGAGUGUAAGUGGGACGCCCGGUCCUCCGGCAUCGGCGCCGCGUGCUUCUGGCUCAACAUCGGCAUGGAGGUGCUCUCGUGCCUGGCCUUCAACUGGCAGACGUCGUGGGAUCCUGAUCAGUGGGGUCUGGAUAUGAAUUUCACCAACGAGGGAUGCGGUCCGGCUGGAUCGGCAGCGGCGGCGGCAGCAUCGAGGUCCGGUGAUGGCUUCGGACAGGAGGAGGUCUGGGUCCAUCGGAUCCUGUACAUUGUGGCCAAGAUUGCAAACUUCCGCGCCACGAUCCCGCGGUUCCAGGAGCCGAGCCCGCACGACGAGCAGAUCCGCCUGGGUAACCGACUCCAGCAGUGGCAGGAUCUCAAGAAGCUUUGCGACAAGUGGAACAAUACCUGCCCGAGGACGAUGCACCCGUUCGGAUACCUCUACCCAUCGCAGACGAACUCCAAAUCCGCCUUUCCCAACGUCUGGCUCAUCAAACGCGCCGCCAUUAUCGGCCGCCUCUUCUACCACACAGCCCAAUGCCUCCUCGCCCAAACGAACCCAAUGGAACCAGGCCGCGCCUCGGAAGAAAUGCGCGCCCUCCAGCUCCACCACGCCCACCAAGUCUGCGGCAUCGUAGCCCACACAAAAGACCGCGGCGUCGCCUCCGUCGCGAUCCGCUCCCUCGCCAUCGCCUCCGCCGUCCUCACCGACCCGCGCGAGCAGGAAGAGGUCCUCGAGAUCCUCGACAAGAUCCACGCCGAGAGCGGCUGGCGCCUGGGCAGCAUCCACGGCGAGCUCAAGAGGGCGUGGGGGUGGCCCUCGCCCGCGCCGUCGCACGCUUCUCUCGGUGGUCCGGCUGGUGGUGCCGGUGCUCCUGGGGACCACCGAGGUUCCGUGGGGAGUUAUGGCGGUGGGAGACCGGGCCCGCCGGGGAACCCGCCUGCCAUGGCGACGUCGAGCGCGCCGUCGGCGUCGAGCGCUGCUGCUUCGGCGCCGAUGAAGGCUCUCGUGAACCCGCUCUCGUACGCCGACUUUAGUUUGCCGAAUGCCCCCUACAAAGACUGGUGGAAGCCGCCGAAUCGCCAUGAUUCGUACAGCUACCAGGGUUUCCCAUGA